AAAAGUUCAGUUUUCGAUAAUUCAAAAUCAACAAAAGAAAAUAUGUGCUUCACGAAGAAAUCGACUAAAACUCCGCCGGAGCCGAUCUCCAAGGAUUCGGCCGACAAAAAGAAGAAGACGACUAUAAAGAAGGGGAAGAAGUUUCCGAUGAUGAACAUGAUUGUGAAGAACAAGAAGAAUGAGGUGCAAGUUGAGAAGAAACCGGAAGAGGUUCCAGAGCAGAACAAAUCAGUCAAAGAUCAAACAAAGAAAGAAGAAGUGAAGGUCGUUGAGGAGGAUAAGGUUGAGAAGAAAGUGGAACAGAAGAAACCGAUUAUCAAUCGGCCAAAUUGUGUUGCCAUCAACCCUCGUAGUGCUACAUCUGGAAAGAAGAAUAAGUACAAGUUCAAGUACGGACAAAUUGAUCAGCAAGAGUUAUCGAUUAACAAUGACAAAACCGAGUAUUUGGAGAAUGCUCAGUUGACAAAGUUGAUGUCUCAUGCUGAUGUGAGAGCAUUGAUGGGUGGGCAGUUUGCACAAGGAGAAAAUGCGGAUACCAAUAAUUGUCAGGAUACAGUCGAAGAAGUGGACAGUGAGAUGCUCGAAAUUGCAUUCUCACCCCUACUUGCCGUAAUCCCACGCGAAGAUGAAAGAGUCUACGGAGCUUUCGUGCAUCCCACCGAACAGAAGAAAAAUGCUGAAGCCUAACUUUAUUGAUCUUUUCCAAUCCCCUUUUGAAUAAAAUAAAAAAAAAAAUAAUCC